UUGCUUCCUUGUUACAUCUGUAGCCGGUGAACUGUGUUGUUGGUAACAGGAAGGAUGGGCAGGGUUGAUGGUGAUGUCCUGAGCAACAGCAUGUCCAUUAAAGCACAACUUGCUGUUGGAGUGUUACUGUAAUAUUCAUUAUUCCAAUUAAAGCUGUGGAGUUCUGCCAAGAUGGAGCUGAGUGAUGCCAAUUUACAAACUUUAACUGAGUAUCUAAAGAAAACACUAGAUCCAGAUCCUGCUAUAAGGCGUCCUGCUGAGAAGUUCCUCGAGUCCGUGGAAGGAAGCCAGAACUAUCCAUUGUUACUCUUAACGCUGCUGGAGAAAUCACAGGAAAAUGUCAUCAAAGUUUGUGCAUCUGUAACGUUCAAGAAUUACAUUAAAAGGAACUGGAGAAUUGUUGAGGAUGAACCAAACAAAAUAUGUGAAUCAGACAGGAUAGCCAUUAAAGCCAACAUAGUGCCCUUGAUGCUUAGCAGCCCAGAACAAAUUCAAAAGCAGUUAAGUGAUGCCAUCAGUAUUAUUGGUCGGGAAGACUUUCCUCAGAAGUGGCCAGACCUGCUGACAGAGAUGGUGAAUCGCUUCCAGAGCGGGGAUUUCCACGUCAUCAACGGGGUCCUUCGCACCGCUCACUCUUUGUUUAAAAGGUACCGCCAUGAAUUUAAGUCAAAUGAAUUAUGGACAGAGAUCAAACUUGUUCUUGAUGCCUUUGCUUUACCCUUGACAAAUCUCUUUAAGGCAACUAUUGAACUUUGCAGCACACAUGCAAAUGAUGCCAGUGCCCUGAAGGUUCUCUUUUCUUCUCUCAUUCUAAUUGCGAAGCUGUUCUACAGUUUAAAUUUUCAGGAUCUUCCAGAGUUUUUUGAAGAUAACAUGGAAACAUGGAUGACAAAUUUUCAUAGUCUUUUAACUUUAGAUAAUAAACUGUUGCAGACUGAUGAUGAAGAGGAAGCUGGAUUACUGGAGCUCUUGAAAUCACAAAUCUGUGAUAAUGCUGCUUUAUAUGCUCAAAAAUAUGAUGAAGAAUUCCAGCCCUACCUGCCACGUUUUGUAACAGCAAUCUGGAAUCUGUUAGUCACGACAGGCCAGGAGGUGAAAUAUGACUUGCUGGUCAGUAAUGCAAUCCAGUUUCUGGCCUCAGUUUGUGAAAGACCACAUUACAAGCAUCUGUUUGAAGACCAGAAUACUUUGACAAGCAUCUGUGAAAAAGUUAUUGUUCCCAAUAUGGAAUUUAGAGCGGCUGAUGAAGAAGCAUUUGAAGAUAAUUCUGAGGAAUAUAUAAGAAGGGAUUUGGAAGGAUCUGAUAUUGACACCAGGCGCAGAGCAGCUUGUGAUCUAGUCAGAGGCUUGUGCAAAUUUUUUGAAGGACCUGUGACAGGGAUCUUUUCUGGAUAUGUUAAUUCUAUGCUGCAAGAAUAUGCAAAGAAUCCAUCUGUUAACUGGAAGCACAAAGAUGCAGCUAUUUACCUUGUUACGUCUUUGGCAUCCAAAGCUCAAACACAGAAGCAUGGAAUAACCCAAGCCAAUGAACUUGUUAAUCUGACAGAAUUCUUUGUGAAUCACAUUCAGCCUGAUUUAAAGUCUGCUACUGUGAACGAAUUCCCUGUGCUAAAAGCAGAUGGUAUCAAAUAUAUCAUGAUAUUUAGAAACCAAGUACCGAAGGAACAACUGCUGGUGUCUAUUCCUCUCCUAAUCAAUCAUCUCCAAGCAGAAAGUAUUGUGGUGCAUACUUAUGCAGCCCAUGCUCUUGAAAGACUGUUUACCAUGAGGGGGACAAAUAAUACCACCCUCAUUACAGCUGCAGAAAUGGCACCGUUUGUAGAAGUGCUGUUAACAAACCUUUUCAAAGCGCUGACGCUUCCUGGCUCCUCUGAAAAUGAAUACAUCAUGAAAGCCAUCAUGAGGAGUUUUUCUCUGCUACAGGAAUCCAUAAUUCCAUACAUCCCUUCUGUCAUCACACAGCUCACACAGAAACUGCUGGCUGUCAGUAAGAAUCCCAGCAAGCCCCACUUUAACCAUUACAUGUUUGAGUCCAUCUGCCUGUCGAUCAGGAUAACGUGCAAGGCGAACCCAGAGGCUGUGGGGAGCUUUGAGGAGGCCUUGUUCCUGGUGUUCACUGAGAUCCUGCAGAAUGAUGUGCAAGAGUUCAUUCCGUACGUGUUCCAAGUGAUGUCCCUACUUCUAGAAAUGCAUAAAAAUGAAAUCCCAUCGUCCUACAUGGCACUGUUUCCUCACCUGCUUCAGCCAGUGCUCUGGGAGAGGACGGGGAACAUCCCCCCGCUGGUGCGGCUGCUGCAGGCGUACCUGGAGCGCGGGGCCAGCACCAUCGCCAGCGCCGCCGCCGACAAGAUCCCUGGGUUGUUAGGUGUGUUCCAGAAGUUGAUUGCCUCUAAAGCUAAUGAUCAUCAAGGCUUCUAUCUUUUAAACAGUAUCAUUGAACAUAUGCCUCCUGAAUCAGUUGACCAGUACAGGAAACAGAUCUUCAUUUUGUUAUUCCAAAGACUUCAAAAUUCCAAAACAACAAAGUUUAUCAAAAGUUUUCUCGUCUUCAUUAACUUGUAUUGCAUAAGAUAUGGGGCAUUAGCUCUGCAGGAGAUAUUUGACAGCAUACAGCCAAAGAUGUUUGGAAUGGUUUUGGAGAAAAUUAUAAUUCCUGAAAUCCAGAAAGUGUCUGGACAAGUUGAAAAGAAAAUCUGCGCUGUUGGCAUUACAAAAAUAUUAACAGAAUGUCCUCCCAUGAUGGACACUGAGUACACCAAGCUGUGGAUUCCUUUGCUGCAGGCCCUCAUUGGCCUCUUCGAGCUGCCUGAGGAUGACACAAUCCCUGACGAGGAACACUUCAUUGACAUCGAGGAUACUCCAGGCUACCAGACUGCAUUCUCCCAGCUAGCCUUUGCUGGGAAAAAAGAACACGAUCCUGUAGGUCAAAUGGUGAACAAUCCUAGAAUCCAUCUGGCACAGUCUCUUCACAAACUGUCAACAGCGUGCCCGGGCAGGGUUCUGUCCAUGCUGAGCACCAGCCUGAACGCAGAAGCGUUGCAGUAUCUCCAAGGAUACCUCCAAGCUGCCAGUGUGAGUCUGCUCUGAGAUAUUCCACAAGCAAGAUCAAAGGCUGGUUUGUUACACAGAAGGUUGACACUGACUUUUUUUAUAGCAGAGCUCAGACAAAACGAAAAAUGCUGCUUGAAAUUGUAUUGCAGAUUCCAUCUUGUAAAAGAUAAAUGUGGCUUUAAGGCAAAACUGAAAGAAUUUCUGGUUUGUGUACUCCUAGAUAAAGGUGGCUAACUUCCACUCCCAGUCUGAUUUUCAGAGGGAGUAGUCAUAGCGGUUUGGUAUGGGAUUUUAUUUGAAAUCUGCAUCUGCAGUGUUUGGAUGAUACUUGGAA